GAUUAUCGAUUAUCAGCAUGGUAUCUUUUAUUUACAUUAUCCAAAUCAAUUGAAUUACUUGAUACUGGUUUUGUUUUAUUACGUAAAAAACCAUUAAUCGUUUUACAUUGGAUACAUCACCUAUUGACACUUAAUUAUUCAUGGUUUGUAUUUUCGGAUGCACCAGCUACCGCUCGAUGGAUGUGUAAUAUGAAUUAUUUUGUUCAUUCAUUAAUGUAUACAUAUUAUGCGGCAAAAGUAGCCGGUAUACAAAUAUCACGUCGUAUUUCAUUAACAAUAACAACAUUACAAAUUGCACAAAUGUUUGCCGGUUUAUUUGUUAAUUAUAAAGCAUUACAAAGAAAAUUAAUUGGUUUACCUUGUGAUGCAUCAUUGUCGGUAUUGAUUACCGGUGUUACCCUUUAUGGUUUAUUUGCAAUUUUAUUUAUCAAUUUUUUUAUUUGGACAUAUAUUAUAAAACGUUCAAAAAAUCGUAUCCGUACCGCUGUUCGUCAUUUUACAUCAUCAAACAAAAAUACAAAUAAUAAUAAUAAUAAUCAUAAUUUGGAUAAUGAUAAAACAUCUUUAAUCGAUAAAUCAACAGCAACAACAAAUAAUGGAUCAAUACAAUUUGUGGCCAAAAAAGUUCAAUAACCAAUAAUCCAAUGGCAAAAAGGAAUCAGAAUUUCAAAAAAAAUCGAUUUUUAA